GUUAGUUACACAUUCAUAAUAAUAUAAACUAGUAAAAUAAUAUAAAGUGUUUAGUCAUAAUAAUUUAAACAAAACCCUAGUUUCUAGUGUUCUAGACGAAUAGAUUACGCCGAGUUUAACUAAUAAUUAAAAUGUCUGAUGAGGAUGAUUCCGAUGUUGAAGCAAAAUAUUUCAAAGAAAUAAGUGAUGAAAUACAGACUUUGAAAAAAAAUCCAGAAACGUCUGGUAUGUUUGUUUCUGGUUGGGACGACGCAGAUCAGGAUGUUGAUUUGGUGAAAGAUCCGAAAGCAAAUCCGAUUGAUCAUGUAUUAUGGGCUGCAGAACACAAUAAGCUAGACACUCUCAGAGAACUACUAGUUGCCAAACCAGGGCUUGUUCAUUCAAGAGACUCCGAUGGUUACACUCCACUACAUCGAGCUGCUUAUUCAAAUCAUUUGGAUGCAAUAUCUUUACUGCUAAGUUUUGGAGCAAAGGUUAGCAGUAAAUCUGAACUUGGUUGGACGCCAUUACACUCUGCAUGUAAUUGGAAUAAUUAUCAUAUUGUAGCAAGACUGUUGGCUGCAGGUGCAAAUCCUGCUGCUCCUUCUGAAGGAGAACAAACUCCUCUUCAUUUAGCUUCCCAUCUUAGUCACUGCAAAUCAACUUUACUCCUACUAUUGUUACGCGAAGACUUAGUUGAGGUUGCAAGAAAACCGAACAAUAGUGGGGAAACACCAGAACAGUUGGCUCGUGGUCAUGGCAUAUAUGCUCCUUUGUUUGAAAUGGUUUCACCAGCAUCAUCAUAUGUUUCUUCUUUAGCUUUCACAUGUAAUCGUUAUUUACAAACCAAAUAAGUAAAAUGAUAAUGUUUAAAUAAAAUUGUAAAUAUACAUACCAGA